GCAUUCUCAUUUCUUGUCCUCAUGAAAAUGUGUCCACAAAGUUCCUGGCCCCGUACACAACUUUUUCUAGAAUUCAUCAGAAAAGUGUUACCUGUCUUGAUAUUUCCAGUGGUGGAGGGCUUGGCGUGUCUACCAGCACGGACGGGACCAUGAAAAUCUGGCAGGCUGCAAAUGGAGAAAUACGAAGGCUGUUGGAAGGCCAUGUGUAUGAUGUGAAUUGUUGCAGGUUUUUCCCAUCAGGCCUUGUGGUUCUGAGUGGGGGAAUGGAUGCCCAGCUAAAGAUCUGGUCAGCAGAAGAUGCCAGCUGCGUAGUAACGUUUAAAGGUCACAAAGGAGGUAUUUUGGACACUGCCGUGGUGGAUCGGGGAAGGAAUGUCCUUUCCUGCUCUAGAGACGGCACCGCCCGUCUCUGGGACUGCGGGAAAUCCGCCUGUCUGGGCGUCGUCGCUGACUGCGGCUCUCCCGUCAACGGCAUCGCCGUGGGCGCUGCCGACAACUCGCUGAACCUGGGCACGCCUGAAAAAGCUCCUAGUGAACGUGAGGUUGGGACAGAAGGCAAAAUCCUGCUGCUGGCUCGAGAAGACAAGAAACUUCAAGGAGUGGGACUGCAGAGCCGGCAGCCGGUGUUCCUCUUUGUCGGGUCUGACGCCUUCAACUGCUGCACAUUCCUCUCAAGCACCUACAUCCUCGCAGGGACUCAGGAUGGGAACAUCUAUCAGCUGGACGUGAGAAACACAAACGCUCCCAUCCAGGUCAUCCACAGGUCAGGAGCGCCCGUGCUUUCGCUGCUCCCCUACAGAGACGGGUUUGUUGCCAGCCAAGGUGACGGAACCUGCUUUAUCCUUCAGCAAGACCUCGACUAUGUCCUCGACCUCACAGAAGCUGACUGCGACCCCGUGUACAAGGUAGCUUCUUGGGAAAAGCAAAUUUACACGUGCUGCAGAGACGGGAUAGUGAGGAGAUACCAGCUUUCUGACAUUUAA